UGUCUGUCUUAGAUGACGCACAACGUGUGCUGCGCCGUACCCUGCACUGGGCAGCUGGGCCUCAGUUUGCGUUAGAUAGCGGAGAAGAAGCUUCGGAGGGGUUUGGAAUUCAUAUAGUAAAUUAGGAUUUGUUAGACUUCUAGCUACACGUCUUUGCAAGCUAGAAUCUCAAUGGAGGGGUACCCUUGCGCUGGAUGAUUGGCCGAGCUGCUCUUUGUAAUAGGAUACAGAGCUAAAGCUCAUCAUCUCUGCUUAAGCUUCAUCUCUGGAUUCCAACAUUCCUUUUCUGGGACAACAUGUCGGGGGCUUCAGUGAAAGUUGCGGUCAGAGUCCGUCCCUUUAAUUCUCGGGAGCUCAGCAAGGAAUCCAAAUGCAUCAUUCAGAUGCAAGGCAACUCAACCAGUAUUAUUAAUCCAAAGAAUCCUAAGGAAGCUGCCAAAAGUUUUAGCUUUGACUACUCUUAUUGGUCUCAUACAUCGCAAGAUGACCCUUGCUUUGCAUCCCAAAGUCGUGUGUAUAAUGAUAUUGGAAAAGAAAUGCUUCAGCAUGCCUUUGAAGGCUACAAUGUAUGCAUAUUUGCCUAUGGACAGACAGGAGCUGGUAAAUCCUACACCAUGAUGGGUAAACAAGAAGAGACCCAAGCUGGCAUCAUCCCACAGCUCUGUGAGGAUCUUUUUGAAAAAAUAAUUGACAACAAUAGCGAUGAAGUUUCUUUUUCUGUAGAGGUGAGCUAUAUGGAAAUAUAUUGUGAGCGUGUUAGAGACCUGCUGAACCCCAAAAACAAAGGAAACUUGCGGGUCAGGGAGCACCCGCUAUUAGGACCUUACGUAGAGGACCUUUCCAAAUUGGCAGUCACCUCUUACACCGAUAUUGCUGAUCUUAUGGAUGCAGGCAAUAAAGCUAGGACGGUAGCUGCUACCAACAUGAAUGAGACCAGCAGCCGUUCCCAUGCAGUAUUCACUAUUGUGUUUACUCAAAAGAGACUAGAUCUAGAUACAAACCUCUCCACAGAAAAGGUCAGCAAGAUUAGCUUGGUGGAUUUGGCAGGAAGUGAGAGAGCGGAUUCAACUGGAGCAAAGGGUACUCGUCUAAAAGAAGGUGCAAAUAUCAACAAGUCACUGACAACUCUGGGAAAAGUUAUAUCUGCUCUUGCAGAGGUGGAUAACUGCACCAGCAAGAGCAAGAAGAAGAAAAAAACAGACUUCAUUCCAUAUCGGGAUUCUGUACUAACAUGGCUGCUUCGUGAGAACUUGGGUGGGAAUUCCCGGACAGCAAUGGUUGCAGCACUGAGUCCUGCUGAUAUAAACUAUGAUGAGACUCUGAGUACAUUGAGAUAUGCAGAUCGUGCUAAACAGAUUAAGUGUAAUGCUAUUAUCAAUGAAGAUCCAAAUGCCAAACUUGUGCGUGAACUAAAAGAUGAAGUAACUAGACUUAAAGAGCUCCUGCGUGCUCAGGGAUUGGGUGAUAUCCUUGAAACUCUUCCUUCUGUUGGGUGCUUUCCUGUCUCAGACAUGAAUGAUAAUGAGAACCUUAAGAAUAAAUACUUAUUAGCCAAUGAGAAUCAACGACCUGGCAAUUUCUCCACAGCCUCUAUAAGUUCUCUUGCAUCUUCCGCAUCCACCUGUUCACUCAGUAGUCAGGUGGGAUUGACAUCUGUUACCAGCAUCCAGGAAAGAAUCAUGUCUACCCCAGGAGGAGAGGAGGCUAUAGAGAGACUUAAAGAAUCUGAAAAAAUUAUUGCAGAGCUAAAUGAGACAUGGGAAGAGAAACUGCGAAAAACUGAGGCUAUUCGAAUGGAAAGGGAGGCUUUACUUGCAGAAAUGGGAGUGGCUAUUCGUGAGGAUGGUGGAACCUUGGGAGUUUUCUCACCCAAAAAGACUCCCCAUCUUGUCAAUCUUAAUGAAGAUCCACUAAUGUCUGAAUGCCUUCUUUACUAUAUUAAAGAUGGAAUAACAAGGGUCGGUCAGGCAGAUGCUGAUAGUCACCAGGAUAUUGUGCUAAGUGGAGCUCAUAUUAAAGAGGAACACUGCAUAUUCCGUAGUGAGAGAAAUUCAAAUGGGGAAGUAAUAGUAACCUUGGUGCCCUGUGAGAGGUCAGAAACAUAUGUUAAUGGAAAACGGGUUGUACUUCCAGUAGUGUUACGAUCUGGGAAUCGAAUAAUCAUGGGGAAAAACCACGUAUUUCGUUUUAACCACCCUGAGCAAGCUCGUGCAGAACGGGAGAAAACACCUUCUGCAGAGACACCCUCCGAACCAGUAGACUGGACAUUUGCUCAACGGGAGUUGUUGGAGAAACAGGGAAUUGAUAUGAAGCAGGAAAUGGAAAAAAGGCUCCAGGAAAUGGAAAUUUUGUACAGGAAAGAAAAGGAAGAGGCAGAUCUUCUUUUGGAGCAGCAAAGAUUGGACUAUGAGAGCAAACUACAAGCUCUGCAGAAACAAGUAGAGACUCACUCAUUGGCAGCAGAGACCACAGAAGAUGGGGAAGAAGAAGAAGAGGAGGAGGAAGUUCCGUGGACACAGCAUGAAUAUGAUUUGGCACUGUGGGCAUUUAAAAAGUGGAGAAAACACCAGUUUACCUCGUUACGGGACUUGCUUUGGGGGAAUGCCAUGUAUCUGAAGGAAGCCAAUGCAAUAAGUGUAGAGCUGAAGAAAAAGGUGCAGUUUCAGUUUGCGCUACUUACAGAUACUCUGUACUCUCCACUGCUGCCAGAGUUAUUUCCUUCUGAUGCUGAUAAAACCCCAGAAGACAGGACUUUCCCCCAUACUGUGGUUGCAGUUGAGGUGCAAGAUUUGAAAAAUGGGGCAACUCACUACUGGUCGUUGGAAAAACUGAGGUUAAGGUUAGAGCAGAUGCGGGAAAUGUAUGACCGUGCAGGAGAAAUGGCUUCUCAUGUUCAAGAUGAAAGUGACACAUUAAUAACUGGAAAUGACCCUUUUUACGAUCGCUUCCAUUGGUUCAAGCUAGUUGGGAGUUCUCCCAUAUUCCACGGCUGCGUGAAUGAGCGACUGGCAGACCGCACCCCAUCCCCCACCUUCUCCACCGCAGACUCCGAUAUCACAGAGUUAGCUGAUGAGCAGCAGGACCAGAUGGAAGACUUUGAUGAUGAGCCAUUUGUGGACGAUACUGGCUCUGAUGUUGGUGCAGACGAAGGAUCAGAUCUCUUCAGCGAUGGCCAUGACCCGUUUUACGACCGGUCCCCAUGGUUCAUUUUAGUAGGAAGGGCAUUCAUAUAUCUAAGCAACUUACUUUUUCAAGUUCCCCUUGUGCAUCGAGCAGCUAUAGUAAGUGAGAAAGGAGAAGUUCUGGGGUUUCUGCGUGUUGCUGUGCAAGCAAUAUCUGGUGACGAGGAAGCACCAGACUAUGGAUCCGGCAUCAGACAAUCAGGAACAGCAAAGAUCUCAUUUGAUAAUGACUACAUUAACAAGAAUGAAAUCUCUUCUAUGGUUUUGACUCGUUCCGGACUGUCGCUAGAAGAACUUCGUAUUGUGGAAGGACAAGGACAGAACUCUGACAUAAUUGCUCCACUGGAAGAGAUCAAUCAUCUAGCUGAAUUGGACCUGAAGUCUGGGAACCUAUUGGAUGGAAAGAUGAUGAUGGAGGGAUUCUCAGAGGAUAUAGGAGAGCAUCUGAAAAUUGGUAGCAUGUUCACUUUCCGUGUGACAGUUCUCCAGGCCAGUGGAAUUCCUCAAGAAUAUGCUGAUAUCUUCUGCCAGUUUAACUUUUUACAUCGGCAUGAUGAAGCAUUUUCGACAGAGCCACUGAAGAACAGUGGCAAAGGAAAUUCUCUUGGCUUCUACCAUGUUCAGAACAUUGCAGUUGAAGUUACAGAAUCUUUUAUAGAAUACAUUAAAAACAACCCAAUUGUAUUUGAAGUAUUUGGGCAUUUCCAGCAGCACCCAGCACAAGAUCUCAUCCCACCUCAGCAGUCCCGACGUUACUUUCCUCCUCCAAUGCCUCUUUCUAAGCCAGUUCCAGCCACUAAAUUAAAUCCUCUAAGCAAGCAAAGUCUUGGACAGGUCAUCAACAAAUAUGACUUGUUAGUCUGGUUUGAGAUCAGUGAACUGGAGCCUACUGGCGAGUACAUUCCAGCUGUUGUAGAUCAUUCUGGAGGACUGCCCUGCCAGGGAACCUUCUUGCUUCAUCAGGGGAUACAGCGCAGAAUUACUGUCACUAUGGUCCAUGAAAAAGGGAAUGAGUUGCGCUGGAAGGAUGUGAGAGAAUUGGUCGUAGGACGCGUUCGCAAUAAAGUGGAUGAAGCUGCUGCAGAUGCUGUUCUUUCACUAAAUAUCAUCUCUGCAAAAUACCUCAGAUCCUCUCAUAGCUCUGGCAGAACCUUUUAUCGCUUUGAAGCAGUGUGGGACAGCUCCUUGCAUAAUUCCCUGCUCCUGAACAGGGUAACUCCAUAUGGAGAGAAGAUCUUUAUGACCCUAUCAGCAUAUCUUGAGCUUGAUCACUGUAUCCAGCCUGCAGUUAUUACAAAGGAUGUCUGUAUGAUCUUUUACUCCCGUGAUGCCAAAAUAUCUCCUCCACGAUCUUUGCGCAGUCUCUUUGGCAGUGGUUACUCAAAAUCCCCUGACUGGUAUGUCUUAUUUUGUUUUGGUUUUGCUUUCUUUUAUUCAUUUUUCAUCUGUUACCUAUCAGAAUCUAAUUUUUUUUUUCCUUCGAUUUCUAACCACAGUAAUAGAGUAACUGGAAUUUAUGAGUUGAGUCUGUGUAAAAUGGCUGAUACAGGCAGCCCUGGAAUGCAACGAAGAAGAAGAAAGAUCCUUGAUACAUCAGUGGCAUAUGUCCGUGGUGAAGAGAAUCUAGCAGGCUGGAGACCUCGAGGUGAUAGUCUGAUCCUAGAGCAUCAAUGGGAACUUGAAAAGAUGGAUCAAUUGCAUGAGGUUGAGAAAACGAGGCACCUGCUUUUACUCAGAGACAAACUAGGAGACAGUAUCCCUAAGUCCCUAAGCGAAUCUCUCUCUCCAAGCUUGAGCAGUGGCAACCUUAGCACAUCGACCAGUAUUUCGUCACAAAUAUCCACGACAACCUUUGAAAGUGCCAUCACACCUAGUGAGAGCAGUGGAUAUGAUUCCACUGAUGUUGAGAGUCUUGUGGACCGUGAGAAGGAGCUAGCAACCAAGUGUUUGCGACUUCUGACUCACACCUUUAACCGAGAGCUAACCCAGGUGUGUAACAGUAUCAGUGACUGUAAGUUGUCCGAUAUCUCGCCAAUUGGAAGGGAUCCCUCUGUCUCCAGCUUUAGUAGUGCUACUCUCACUCCUUCAUCAACUUGCCCAUCACUAGCAGAUUCUAGAUGCAGCUCUGUGGAUCAGAAGACCCCUGAAGCAAAUUCACAUGCCUCCAGCCCUUGCACAGAAUUUGAACAGUUCCAUUUGGCACCAGUGGUGGAAAGGUCAUUUUUGGCUCGGGCAGGAAAGAAUGAGUUUCUGAAUCUUGUACCAGAUAUUGAAGAGAUUCGUCCAGGAUCUGUGGUCUCAAAAAAAGGUUACUUGAACUUCAAAGAACCUCUAUCUCAUUCCUGGGUUAAGCAUUUUGUUGUCGUACGUCGUCCAUAUGCCUUCAUCUACAACAGUGACAAGGACCCAGUAGAGAGAGGCCUCAUUAACUUAUCCACUGCACAGGUGGAGUGCAGUGAAGAUCAGGAAGCCAUGGUUAAGAGCCCAAACAUAUUUGCUGUAUGCACAAUGUAUCGUGGGAUCCUCUUGCAGGCCAUAAAUGAUAAAGAUAUGAAUGACUGGUUGUAUGCCUUUAAUCCUCUGCUUGCUGGCACAAUAAGGUCUAAGCUGGCAAGACGUCGUUCUCUUUCCUUGAAGUACUGAGAUGACUUGUCUUUCCCAACGUUGUGAUAAUUGAGAGUUUCUUGUCUGUAAACCUGUGGCUUGACCCUAGCUCCUCUUUCCUUCUGCGCGAAAAGAUUCUCCACUUUGCAGCAUGUGGACAAAUAUAUGUAAGAAAGGGCAGAGAGAACAAUAUUGAGAAUCUUCUUGGCUUCUGGACAUAUGCUCUCUUUUUUCCAGCUGUUUCUAGUGUCCAUAGUGUUAUGCAUCUGUCAGAAAUGCUUUGUUCUUGUUUUUUUUUUCUAACUUGUGGUUGUAUGUCUAAUUUAACUGAAAACACUUACUCUCCUUACAGUAAGUCAGCUCUUUAACUACAGUUUCCCUAGAUAUGCUGCUAUCACCUCAAGUGGAGUGUAGUCUAUUCUCCAGCCAUGGCACUUGUCAUGCCUAGGCCUGCACUGUGACAAUACCAAGGCUGAUAUUUCCAACAGUAGGCUGAGAUUUGAGAAUUUAGGGCAUUACACUAAGAUGUGUGUUUUACUCUUUGCAUCUCUCUGAACUUUCCUGCUCUUGCUGAGAUUUGUGGCUAUGUGUGGCAGCCAUAUACUUCAAUAUCUAUGGCAUAGAACACAUCAUAUUUCAACAUGCAUUGUAGUGUUCAUUGGAACUCUUCAGACUGGGUGUGCAUUCCCAUAUGUUUUCAUGUACUGUUUACUUAAAUUCACAUUGAUUUGUGUGCAUGUUUUUGUGUGCACUGCAAAGGAAGGGCAUCAGAACAAAUAACCCAGGUAAUGGGUACUUCUGAAAAUUCAGACUCAUUUUAUUUAGAAUCUGCAAGUAUUAGAGAUUUUACAGGAAAAUUGUAUUUGGUUCUGUGGUACAGCAUUGGCUUAUUUGCUGCCAGGGUCACCUGCAAUUCAGCUAAAAGCUGCUAAAAUGCUACUGUAAAUAUGAAUGCUACUUUGAAGUUGCACAUUGCUCUAAGCCCGAGAUAUUCGGCUCUUAUCUAAAUAAAAAUGCACAAGAGUUUAGCAGUAAUGUAAAAUCUCACACAAUUUUUUGUUAUACGUGCAACCCUGAAGCUUAGUGCAGUUCACCUAUAAAAUACAUAUAAAGUCUUUAUGACAUGUUCCUUUAAAGGUAAAGAAUGCAUGUCAGCGUAAAAUAGAGAAUUAAUGGACAUUAUCAACCUUAUUAUGUUUGUAGCAGGUGGCAUCAUGUUGCUACCAAUACCUUGUCUGCUACAAAUGGGGGGUUCCUGAGUCACUGAGGAAGGGCCAUGUGGUCCCGAAACGUUUGAUCACUGUGAAGUGUCAUGAGCACCAUGGAAUAAAGAUUGGGAACCCUCCAUUUGUAGCAGACAUGGUAUUGGCGUCAUUCUUUUUCAAAUUGUAUAUUACUGGCGAGUGGCUAGGCCAGGGCCUCUACCUAAUCCCCUAAUUGAACUUUUAUUGGCAUCAUGCUGCUGUCCCAUCCCUGUUCAGCCACAGUACAAUUACAUAAUAAUUGCUACUGUUUAAAACAUACGCUAAACGUACUUAAUUUUUAUUACUUUUAUAAAAACUUUAAAUUAUGAAUGUAACAUAUAGUAGGGUUUUUUUUUUUUUUUUUUCAAACAUCCUAUUAAUGUGUGACUGAUUCUGUAGUAAUGUAUAAUGAGAUAUACUUGAGGGCAGAUUUAUCAGUGCAAAUUUUACAAAUUUGCUUUUAUGCAAAAAAUAAAAUAAUUUCUCUAUUUAAGCCAUUUUCCUACACAUCUACUAGAGAACAGUUUUUCACCUAAACAUUCAGCAGCUCAGAUCCAUUCAAAUUAAUGUCAGAAUAAAAAUAUUUGUCACUCUAAAGUAACACGUUAUUGGUUUUGUGCGCAAAAUUUGAUAGAAAACAUGCAGAAGAUUUUUGAUAAAUCUGCCCCUUUUGCAUCUUACUGUCUCUAGUUGUCAAAUCUGGUUCCACAUAUGUUUGUAUUUAUGAACUAACCUUGACAACUAAUCAAAGACAGUUGCCAAACAAACUGGGCACACUAUCACCUCAAAGUUAUUGCAGUGCAUAAAGCAGCUGAAUUAUGUCCAAUCCAGGACUCACAGCCAACCAGCUUUGAGAUGCUGCUCUGGCGCUUUCAUGCCGUGGGCCAACCAACUCACUGAGCAUGAGGCAAUGGCCAGAAAUACCAGUCACUACUCCUAUCCUUUUUCUGUAUAUUGCAAUAACUUUGGGAACUUUUUUUCACUUUAUUUAAUUCUAAUUCACUUUUAUAGAACUACUGACCGGUAAAGACCAUCUUCUAAUUAGUGGAUGUAACCGCAAAUAUGACACACAUUCUAUAUUAUGCUGUGCUUAAAUGUAUAAUUUAUUUAAUAAGAACAAAGGAUUUUUCUUUCUAGUUUGUUUCAAAGCGAACACAUUCUGUUUUAAGUAUGUUUUACUUUUUUCGCUGUACUGUAAUUUUUAUUCUUAUUUGGCUGCAAAUGUAUAUGCUACAUCUAACAGAGGAUAGUUCUCUAACUAAUCCAAGUAUAUAUAUAUAUAUAUAUAUAUAUAUAUAUAUAUAUAUAUAUAUAUAUAUAUAUAUAUAUAUAUAUGAAUAUAUAUAUAUAUAUAUAUAUAUAUAUAUAUUUAUUUAUUUUUACAAUAUUUACUUUAUCACAUUUGGUGCAUAACUAAUUUAAUGUAAGAUCAGGGGAUGUAAAAUUAGGGUGCCACUGUACACAAAAAAAAGUUGUGUUCUACAAUCCCUAAAAGCUGAAUGUGUCAACAGUCUUAUUGAUUUUAUUGGUAAUUGAUAUACAGGCAUUUGGGAAAAUAUGGAAAGUUUACAAGCUGCACAAAAUACACUGCAGAUUUUACGUCAUUUGCAUGUUAUUUGAAUUCUUAUUGAUACACAACUUCUUCACAAGUUCAAAAAUCUGUGUAACACUAACACUUUCUCAUAAAUCUCCUAAACCACUAAUUUAAAGUAAUGGGAACUGGUUGAUUGGUACAGAAUACAUUUUUUCUGGAACCCCAAAGAAGAGAAACACUGUAGGCCCCCAUAUACACCUCCAGCAGAGUUGACAUUGUAUCACCUUUAAACAUACAGGCAUCCUGUAAGGUGAUAAUGCUAAAACAUAUCAAACUGAACACUUGUCACAACUAUUAAAAUGGGGAAAAAUUAAUAAUAAUAAUAAUAAUAAUAAUAAUAUUAUAUAUAUAUAUAUAUAUAUAUAUAUAUAUAUAUAUAUAUAUAUAUAUAUAUAUUUCAUACAAACCUUUUGCUACUUUGUUAUAAAUUGAUAAGUAGUUUAAAACUGUAAUGGGCGUGAAUUAAAAUGUACUAUAUAAAUCCUCACUAUCCCUUGCAUCCCCUUAUUAAAUUAUAUCUGCUGCUAAUAGACAUUAAAAUAAAAGUACAGGGGGCCAGUGAGUGUGCAUUUCUAUUGUUUAGACCCAGGACAUGGGAAUCUUUUCUCUGAAUCUAGCAAUGUUACUUUUUAUUGUACUGAUUCACCAAAUCCACCAAAUUUCAUAAAUAGCAAAAGGUUGCAUCAUGUGAAAAAGAAUUAUAUUCAGUUGGCCAGACCUUUCAAGUCACAUGACUGAUUUCUUUUGGCUAAAAACUAAAGGGCAUUUUUAUUAUGCUAUGAAACAAAACACUGUUUUUUUACAUGGCAAAGCCUGUUGUGUGUGUGUGUUAUCCCUCUGUUUUUACAGAGAUGAAUAAAUUCCCCUAAGGCAGAUUUUUCUUUUUUUUUUAAUUCAAGGAAAUAAUAAAGAUUGUGACAUGUCACACUUUUUUUUUUUUACCUUUUUUCAAUUGUUUUGUAAAAAAAAAAGUUGCUUGAAAUAUUUAAAUACAAUCCCUAUUUACUUAUCUAGAAAAGCAGCAGCACGUUUUAUCGUGCAAAUUUUCCGGAUUUUUUUUUUUAACAUAACUAUUCAAAAAAUUUUUUAAAAAAAUCAACUCAAGUGUAUUUGCAAUUGUAUUCAUUUUCUUUAAAAUUUCUGAAAAAAAAUACGAAUUUGAAUUAACAGUUCCUUAAUAUUUAGCCCAGCCCAAAAAUAGCUUAGAUCCUGCUAUAUACACUGAAGUAAUAUCUGGAUUCAGCACAAUCCCUAAUCUGGGGUGCCUCAGCCUUCAUGAAGCCCAUGAUUUGUAGUCACUGUAUGUUGCCAGAUCCCAUUCUUUAUUGCCUUUAAAUGUUUGACUUGAAUGUAUUUUACAACUUAUAGGGUGUGAGUUUGGUGUUUUCAAUUACUGAAAAGCACUAUCGAGCUGUUUACAUCUGGAAUGUAACCAUAUCAGUGCUUUCUUGUUUACAGAAUUUGUUGGCACGAUUAACUACAUUUUUGUUUUGGGGCUUUUAAAGAGUGUACAACUACAUGUUUUUAAAUAAUCAUAAUACAUCUAUCUAUAUCUAUAGUAUAAACAUUAAUUCUGCAUGUUGAUGUUAUUUUUCAGCUAUUUUUUUUAAUAGCAAGUGAUACUGAGUUAUCAGCUCCAAGAAGUACAUAGAGACAGUUGUCAAAGGCAGGUAGACACUGCUAGUCAUGCUCGCUUUCGGGCCUUACAGUAUUUGUAGGUUCAGAAUUGAAACACAUGUAAUUUAAGUUGAACGUUAAGCUUAGAGAAAUGUUAAUUUUCUCAUGUGCUAAAAUGAAUUUUCCUCUAAAACUUUUUUUUUUGUUUUGGCACAUCUUCAGCAGUGUCAAUGCCAUAACUGUUUUACUAGCUCUUUGUAGAGCAGCUAUUUUAUAUUUAUUUUGAGGCCUUUUUAAUAUUUUAGAUGUUUUUAGCAAACCAUUCUCAUUCCAGCAGGGAAGAUGCUAUUAACAUUCUUGACAUUUUUAAAUAUUGCAUUAGAGAAAAUAUAAUUAAAGCGAAGGAAACAUUUUACCUAUAUUAUGUUGAUUUAAGUUAUAAACUAUAGUUUUGUUCAGAUGUUCCUGUAGGAUUUUGCAAUUAUUUUAAGCUUGAUAACAUUUUUGCUUUGACAGUUAAAUGCACACCUCUGGCAUCCUGAAGUCAUUAAAUAAGUUAUGUUUACAUAUCCGAAGACUAAAUAUGCUUUUUGCGUCUUGCAAUGCUUUACAGUGGACCAAAGUGAUAUUCAGAUGGUAACACUCCCAAAAAAAGAAGUCUUGCAAGAGUUGAAUAUUUUUGUUUGUGGCAAAAUGUUUUAAAAUGUUUACAGAAAUCCCUGUUACACCAAGCAAGCAGUGAUUUUUUUUAAUAUAUGGGCUAUUUCUGUAACCUAAUUUAACUGAUAAAAUAUAUUACUUUGGUUAUAGAAGUUAAUAGAUUAAACUAUGUACUCACAGAUUGACUUAAAUAACAUAAGUCUUUAUAAUCACCUAGAUUGCUAACUGAAUUAAGUCUCGUGUCAGAGAAUUGAGACACCACGGAUUAAAAACACGUAAGACUUCAAUAGUGGAGAAAAGUGAAAAACCAUAUUAAUUCUCAAAAUGUAACUAAGAACUGCUGAUAUAUUGUGAAAAGAAAUGCUAAUUUUAUCAUUUUCAUUUUUUAUUUUGUAAAUAUAAUCAGGUGUGGUAUCUCGAGUAUACAUAAUGUAAAUAUUUCAUGUAUUUGUACUAAUUCUGAUUUAUUUGCUGCAUAGCCUAGAUGUGCAAUGCAAAUAUAUUUAACUCUGUGUAUGGUGAACUUGACCACUGAAAACUUGUUAGUGAUAAAAAAAAAAAUCUAACAAUAAAGGUACAACCAGUGCAUUAGCAGUGA